AUGACUCAUACUCAUAUCCCAGUCGAACAAUUUGAGGUACAAAAAAAUUUUACAAUUUCACCGUCCUAUAUUGAUCUUGCUACGGACAUUUAUCGUACACUGAAAUGGUACUAUGCACCAGAUAUGUGGCAUGAUUAUAAAUUUCCACAGUCAUUUACUGAUGAAUUUACUCGGCAUUUCUAUUUUCCUCUUCAAGACGUCUAUUAUAUUAUUUAUGUUGCAAUUUUCCUCACAGUCGCUCAAUUCAUACUUCAACGAAUCAUAUGCAAGCCUCUUGUCAAUUGGCUCGAAUUAACUCCAGAGAAUAAGAAAAAAUUUCCUGAAUCAGCAUGGAAAUUUGCUUCAGCUACGUCUGCAUGGGUCUAUUGUGCCUAUUUACUUUAUUAUCGUUACGAUUACUAUGAAAAACCUCAUCUCAUAUGGGAUGAUUGGUCAUCCGGCAUGAAAAUUCCAUCUGACAUCAAAUUAAUGUAUUUAGGACGAUGUGGUCAUGCUAUACAUUCUGUUUAUGCUAUAUUCUUCGUUGAAAGCAAGCGCAAAGAUUUUUAUGCUAUAUGCAUACAUCAUAUACUUACUAUAACACUCCUCAUUAUUUCUUAUGCUAUGCGAUAUCACAAGAUUGGUUUACUCGUUCUGUUUGUACAUGAUAUAGGCGAUGUUUGGCUUGAACUCACUAAAUUGUUACAUUAUAUGAGUACACGAGACGGUGGUCGAAAACGUCCCUUAUUUGAGCAUGCUGCUUCUGGUGGUUUUGUUAUAUUUACUCUCUGUUGGUUUGUAUUCCGUCUUUAUUUGUAUCCAUUAAAAGUAUUGUAUUCUACUGGUGUCGUCUUUCCCCAACAAACUUAUCAUAAAGGCUGUAUUUUAUAUGGCUUUUUCAAUUCACUCUUGUGGAUAUUAUUCGGUCUCAACGUGUAUUGGGUUUGUUUUCUACUACAAUUCCUUUACAAGCUUUGUACUGGUGCCUUGUCCGGUUUGACAGAUACUCGUGAAUACGAAAGUAAUGAAAACAACAACAAAAAAGACCAUUAUGUUAGAACAAGUAGUAUUUGGGUCGCUGAACUUCGUAUAAGUCAAUUCUGA